UUUAAUUGAACCGGUUCAAGCUAGCUUACAUUCACCCCGUUUCUCCCCCGCUAACCCGCCUCGCGCGCUGCUCGGGCCGGUGAGACCGCGUCAGAACGCCGGUAGACACGCGCCGUCUCUCGUUUAACUGGAGCGCACCGUCGUCCCUUUUGUCCGCGGUGCUUUCAUUUAUACAUCGGCUGCUCGCGCGUCACCGUCAGGAGGAGCGCGUUACCGUGAGGGGGUGCCCGUUACCGUGAUGAGAUGCACGUUACCGUGAGGAGAUGCACGUUACCGUGAGGAGGUGCACGUUACCGCGGAGUCUAGCUCCCUUAAAGGCUCCACAUGCAGAUUCAGCGGUGGUGGUCACUGAUAUCCUCUCGUAAGCAUCCUGGCUGACGUGGCGGCAGGAGAAGGAGGCGCGCCAUCUUAAAGGUUCCUACUGGGCCAUGGAGGUCUGCUGAUUCCACGCCGACGGAUGCAGCCCGCUUGAGUCAUGGCCGUGUUGGACCGUCCCUCUGUGAGCCGACGAGCACGACGAGCUGUUUGAGGCUUGUGAUUUCCACCUGGACCACCCGCUCCUUCCUGACCGGGCGACCCGCCUCGAGCUGCUGCACGGACCCGUCAUGAGUCUCCUGUGGGUGCUGUCCGUGGUGACGGCGUGCGUCGCCAUCCCAAUGGACGCGCCGAAGGAGAGCCACAGUCUGUUCACGUGUGAGCCCAUAACGCUUCGCAUGUGCCAGGAGCUUCCCUACAACUCCACCUACAUGCCCAACAUACUGAACCACUACGACCAGCAGACCGCAGCCCUCGCCAUGGAGCCGUUCCAUCCCAUGGUGAACCUCCACUGCUCCCCGGACCUGCGGAUGUUCCUGUGCGCGCUCUACGCCCCGCUGUGCACCGAGUACGGCCGCAUGACUCUGCCCUGCCGCCGCCUCUGCCUGCAGGCCAAGAGCGACUGCUACAAGCUCAUGGACAUGUUUGGGGUCAGCUGGCCGCAGGAAAUGGACUGCAACAGGUUCCCGGACUGUGACGAGCCGUACCCCCGCCCCGUGGACCUGCUGUCCGGCUCGGACGGGACGGAAUCGCCCGUCUCCAUCCAGCGGGACUACGGCUUCUGGUGCCCCAGAGAACUCAAAAUCGACCCCGAGCUGGGCUACUCCUUCAUGGGGGUCCGCGACUGCUCCCCCCCCUGCUCCAACAUGUACUUCACGCGCGAGGAGCUGGCGUUCGCCCGCUACUUCAUCGGCGUGGUGUCCAUCGUGUGCCUGUCCGCCACCCUCUUCACCGUCCUGACUUUCCUCAUCGACGUGUCGCGCUUCCGCUACCCGGAGCGUCCCAUCGUAUUCUACGCCGUGUGCUACAUGAUGGUGUCCCUGGUGUUCUUCCUGGGCUUCCUGUUGGAGGACAAAGUGUCCUGUAACGCAGCGAGUCCCGGGAGGUUUAGGGCUUCAACCGUGACCCAAGGCUCCCAUAACAAAGCCUGCACCCUUCUCUUCAUGGUGCUCUACUUCUUCACCAUGGCCGGCAGCGUCUGGUGGGUCAUUCUGACCAUCACCUGGUUCCUGGCGGCCGUUCCCAAGUGGGGCAGUGAGGCGAUAGAGAAGAAGGCCCUCCUGUUCCACGCCUGUGCCUGGGGCCUCCCCGGUGUCCUCACCGUCGCCCUGAUGGCCAUGAACAAGAUCGAGGGGGACAGCGUCAGCGGGGUUUGCUUCGUGGGGCUGUACAACCUGACGGCCCUGCGCUGGUUCCUGCUGGCGCCGCUGGGAUUGGACGUGGUGGUGGGCGUGGCACUGCUGCUGGCAGGCAUAGCCGCACUCAACCGGGUCCGCAUGGAGAUUCCACUGGAGAAGGAGAACCAGGAGAAACUGGUAAAGUUCAUGAUCCGCAUCGCUGUGUUCUCCGCGCUGUACCUGGUCCCCCUGCUGGCCGUCCUCUUCUGCUUCCUCUACGAGAGCAGCCACCGCGCCGUGUGGGAGACCACCUGGGUCCAGGAGAAGUGUCGGGAUUACCACAUCCCCUGCCCCUACCAGGUGGAGCGCACCAGCCGGCCCGGCCUGGCCUUGUUCCUGAUCAAGUACGUGAUGAUGCUGAUCGUGGGAAUCCCCUCUGUGUUCUGGGUGGCCAGUAAGAAGACCUGCUUCGAGUGGGCCAGCUUCUUCCACGGCAAGAGACGCAAAGACGCGAUGGUCCACGAGAGCAGGCAGGUGCUCCAGGAACCCGACUUCGCCCAGCUGCUGCUCAGGGACCCCAACACGCCCAUCGUGAGGAAGUCACGGGGCACGUCCACCCAGGGGACGUCCACCCACGCCUCCUCCACCCACCUGGCCAUGUUGGACGAGCCGCCCAGCGGCAGCACCAGCCGGGCCAGCUCGGUCCGCAGCGCACGCUCCAAGAUGAGCAGCUACCACGGCAGCCUGCAGCGCCCCCGGGACGACAGGUACGCCGCCUCCAGCUUCCGGGCCGCAGAUGAGCGGCUGCCCUACGGCAGCAUGUCGCGCCUCUACGACCAACCGCAGUCCAGACACUGCAGCACCAACCGCCUGGACAGCCUCUCACGGCACGGCUCCACCCAACGACUGGACUCACGGCACAGUAGCGCCAGGGACCUCACCAGCACCACCCAAGCCGCGUUCGGUGUCGCUGGAAACGGGAUUCACAGAGUCCCGGAGGAGGACGGAGCUGCAGCCUGAAGAGGAGGACUUGUGUGUCCUCUGUUGACAUGCAGCCACAUGAGGAUCGAUGUCUUAAAAUGUCCUCUCAAAUGUACUCUUCCCCCUUUCCCAAAAGCUGAGGGUUUUGGACCUGCUUCACUGAGGCGGUUGAGGACCGUCGCUGCUGGGCUGCACUGAUCGAUGGACUUGUUGUGUACUUGUAGAAAGGAGCCUUCUUCUUCUUUUAAAAGAUUUACAUUUGACAUUUUGCACCUCUUCAGUCACUGACGUCUCCACUCUUAACGCAACGCUGGACUUAUUUAUAAAGGCUAUUCCUUGAUAUUCCGUGUGAGGGCUGAAUUCCUUUAGAGAACCAAAAUGUCCCUCAUCUCAUUUUACAACUUAAUUUCUACAUUGAGGUACUUCCUUGCUUUACUGUGAUGGAUGUAACAAGAGAAAUGCAAGGGCUGGAACACAGCGAAACCAAACUGCUGCCUUAGGACUGUGUGUGGGGGUCAGUUAGAGGCUUCUACCAUGAAAUGUGAUAGCAUGUAAGCUAACGGCUAACUGCUAACACAGGCGUUGCUCUUCUGUGUGAACACACUUUUACGGUUUGAAUUGGUAAAUUGGAAUCAGUAGUUUGUCCUGUUUAGAAAUGUUUACUUGUAUAGAUGUAAAAACUGAACUUUUUAUAAUAAAGCUUUUUUUUUAAGGAA